AAAAGCUCUUUUACAUGUUCCUUUCCUUGCGUCAUCUCUGCUCCUCCCUUCUUCGUUGAAACCCUAGUUAUCGUUAACCGGAUAAAUUGGCACCUCUAUUUCGAUUUCUGUCUCGUAUCGGGUUUCCGAAAAUUAUCCCUGCCGGUAUUGAUUUCUUUAAUCGAAAAUUUAAUGGUCCAGGUCGAAUACGAGAUCUCCUAGUCUUUUGGUAAUUGUUAUUUUAAGUUAAUCAGACGCAAUAGGAGUAAUCUUCAUCGGGCAAUUGCUUUAUUCUGAGUAGGUGGACUUACAUUACCAUUACGAGCUUACAUUUCGGACAUCCGAUUGAUAAAAAUUAUUCGCAUCAAUCGACAUCAGGUGCUUUUGGUUGAUCUGAGCGUACGACAAAAUGGUAGGGGGUGGAAGCAGGAGAGACGAAGGUUCGUUGAUGAUUAACAACACGAACGUUUUUGCUGCGCUUGAUGCUCUUAAGAAGAAGAAGAAGUCCGAUAAGGAGCGCAAGAGCAAAGGGUCAUCAACAUCACAGGUUCAGUCGAAAGAACCUGAGCCCCAGGUUUUCUGGGCACCCACUCCCUUGAAUGCUAAAUCAUGGGCCGAUGUUGAUGACGAUGACGACUAUUUUGCGACUACUGCGCCGCCCCAGUCUGUCUGGGGUGUAUCCGAGCCGGAGCAGAGUAAGGAGAAGCCAAGCUAUGUAGAGGAUAGUGAGAGUGAGGAAGAUAUUUUAGAUGAAGGGGAUGAUGAUGUUGAGGAAGAGCAUGAUCAUGAACCUGAGCUCUCUGUAAACCCUGAGCAUGACGUUAAGAAGCCUGCUGAAAUUUCUGUGGCACCAAAGGAGGCAGAACGUCAACUCUCCAAAAAAGAAAGGAAGAAGAAAGAACUUGCAGAGCUUGAGGCUCUUCUGGCUGACUUUGGUGUUGCACAGAAAGAGAGUAAUGAUCAAGAUGAGCCACGAGGUGCACUUCAGGAUAAGAAGGAUGCUGAGGCUGAUGGAGAAAUGAGAGAAAACGUCACUGCAGAGUCCAAAACUGCCAAGAAGAAGAAAAAGAAGGAUAAAGCCUCCAAGGAGGUAAAAGAAUCACAGGAUCAGCCCAACGUUGCAGAUACAAACAAUGUGGGUGAUGAGGUUACUGCUUCAGAAAAUGCGGAGGACGAUACGUCCACUGUUCAUGUUAAAGAGCGUCUUAAGAAGGUUGCAUCCAUAAAGAAGAAGAAAUCAAGUAAAGAAAUGGAUGCUGCUGCAAGGGCCGCUGCCCAAGAGGCUGCUGCAAGAAGCGCUAGGCUUGCGGCAGCAAAGAAAAAAGAGAAGAAUCAUUAUAACCAGCAACCUAUGCGGUAAAAGUACCUGCCUCUUGUUUUUUUGGCCAUCGGUAGGAGUAUGUGUCUGCUAACGUUCAUUUAGGAUAUGCAUGUCUUGCUCAUAUCAUGGUGCAGAAUAUACAGUUGGCUCUGAGGACUCUGGUUGUAUUGUUAUAGACCUGAAAUUUUCUUUUCUUUUCGCUUUCUUCUUCUCUCCUCCCUUUUGUUGGGAGCUUAGCUGUUGCUCAAUUGUUAUGGACAUGUCUUUUUGCGACAGAGAACUUUAGUAAUGUAAUGAUAGACAACCAACA